AUGAGUAAACGUACCAAAAAUCAUGUAAAGAAUAAGUUAAAUGAUGAAAAUAAAGUAAAAGAAUUAGAGAAUAAUAAUGAUCAAAUGCAAGACAUCAUAUAUGCGAAUGAUUCUAAUGAAGUUUUAAGUAAUCCUGAUAUUGACGAUGAAGAAGAUGACGAAUUUGAUCGCCAUUUUGGCGAUAAUCUAUUUUCGAAUGAUAUAAGCUCUAAGAUAGGGAAAAUAAAUAAUAAACAAUGGAAUAUUUCCAACUACAAAGAUCCAAUAUUGAAAUCGGUAUCAGAAUAUUCAACAGAACAAAUUUCAGAAGUGAAAGAAAAUGUUGGCAAUUCGGAGCUAAAUUUGAGUUCUCUAAAGAUCAAGGAGAAAUUGCUUUGUUCUUGGAAAAAGUUGAAUGAAAGUAACGAUUCAGUUUUCACGGAAUUGCAAACCGGUCUCUUUCAUCAUAUUAAUAAAUAUCGCGACGUUUUAUUCACCAAUCGAUCCGUGGAAAAUUCAAAGGAAAUACGACAAAUCUAUGCCUUACAUGCUUUAAAUCAUGUUUUUAAAGAAUUUCGUGAUCAAGGUUUCACGCGACCUAAAGUUUUGAUUCUACUACCAUUCCGUAAUUCUGCUCUUAAUUUAGCAGAAAUAAUCAUAAAAUUGUCUGGAACUGAGCAACAGGAGAAUCGCAAGCGAUUUUUCGAUUCUUACGGUAUUUCUCCUGAUGAAGAAAAGAUUGACAUAAACAAGCCAGAAACUUUCAAGGGCAAUAUUGAUGAUAUGUUUCGAAUUGGCAUUAAGCUCACACGAAAAUCAAUAAAAUUUUAUGCUGAAUUUUACAACGCAGACAUUAUUCUUGCCUCGCCGUUGGGAUUACGAAUGAUUAUUGGAAAUGAAGGAGACAGGAAACAUGACUUCGACUUCCUUUCUUCCAUUGAAAUAUUAAUAAUUGAUCAAUGUGAAAUAUUUCUCAUGCAAAAUUGGGAUCAUAUUGGGUAUAUAUUCAAUCAUCUGAAUUUAAUACCCAAAAAAUCGCAUAACUGUGACUUUUCGCGUGUAAAGAAUUGGUAUCUUGACGGCAAAGCCAAAUAUUUUCGUCAGACUAUUAUGAUUUCCUCAUAUUUGACACCUGAAAUUAAUUCAUUAUUCAAUAAGCAAAUGCUUAAUAUCGCUGGAAAAUUAAAAAUCAAAGAUCAGUAUGAAGGUACCAUCGUAGACGUGAUUCCUCAAAUUAAGCAGAUUUUUACUCGAGUUGAAUGUCAAUCACUAAUUGAAGCAGAUGAUGCUCGAUUCAAGCAUUUUAUCGAAAAGUCAUUGCCCGCCCUUCAAAAAUUAAAUCCAAAACUACCACAUACAUUAAUAUUUAUUCCAUCAUAUUUUGAUUUUAUACGAAUAAGAAAUUAUUUUGAAGAUUAUGAUUAUAAUUUUACCAGUAUAUGCGAAUAUACUUCAGCACCGGAUGUGACUAGAGCCCGAUCAAAUUUUCUUAAUGGAAAACGAAAUAUUAUGUUGUACACAGAACGAUUCUAUUUCUUUAGAAGGUGA